AUGCCGCCCCACAUCACGGUCACCCCCGAGGACGGCAUGCGCCAGCCGUGGACUGGCAACGACAGGGUGGACCGGAACCUCUUCGCGAUGGACCGGGCCAUCGAGGUCCGCCAGUCCGGCAGCCGCGUCAUGUCCAGGGCUCACGUCGGGCGCACGCCCGCGGGCGACGCCUCCGCGACGGCUCGGGCAGGAAAGCCGACGAAGCCUGACCGCGACAGGCGGAAGCUCGUCUUCCCUCAGGUCCAGGAGCACCAGCUGGCCGUCGAGGGGGAGCAGGAGGCCGUGACACAUGAUCGGCAGAUGGAGGCCUCCAAAAACAGGCUUGCCGACGCGCUGGUCUUUGCGACACGCCGCGUGAGACAGGAGAAGCCGCGCAACGCGGAACAGGUGGACAUGAUGACCAUGAGCAGUAUCCCGUACAUCAUUGUAGCACGCAUGCUGAGCGUGAGCACGAACUCUUCUACGCAUGAGCGUGGGACGCGGCGGGGCUAUGCGAAAAUACAUAGGAGGACUUCUUCGCCAUCGCCAACUCUUUGGAUAUUCCUGGGAUAUCAUUCUAGUGCAGGGGGGGCCAGGCAGCGACCACACCACAGUUGA